AAUACGAUGUUUAUGUCCGUUCCUGAUCCACGAAGAGACAAAUUUUGAGGCAAAAAUUAACCUAUGAUGAGUAUAUUUGUAAUAACAGACCGGCAUUAGUGUUAUUCGUGGUUCACAGUGCGGACUAUGUGAAGUGGCGGAGCCAAAAUGAAGGCGCGAUUCGCGCUUUCCUUUUUGAGAAAGUGCUCGGAGUUUUGGAAAUAGAGGAGGAGGGUGAACCAAACUGAGCCGGGGUUGACGGGUCUGGGGGGUAGCAUCACUUUUGAAAGUUUGUAUCGGUAAUUUCCUGGAGUAUCCAGACCGUCAAGUGUCCUGGAUUGUUUACUUUUUGUGGUCCAGGCGUGUUUGCGUUUUAUAACUCUUACGGCACAACACGCUCCAGCUUUUUUGGCUGGUGUUUAGGGACUCGGUCCAGUAAAUAUAAUGUUACCCAGCCAGGCUGGAUCGACAUCAUCUGGAAACGGGUCAGCAUCAGGCAGGGGUACCACAGCACACGGUUCGGGGGUUGUCGGCAGCGGGAUUCGUCCCGUUUUGGUCCUAGCAGGGCAAGCUUUACCGGGGGUUAGCGAAAGCGCCGGUGCUGCAGGGCGACAGGGCGAGAGGGACGCUGUCGGGAUGCUGGGGGCAAAUGGUCCAGGGGCUCCUAGAGGCGCCAGGCCGGGGAACGGCACAGGAUUGAACCCUUUACAGACCGCAGUACAAGGAAACAUGAUGGGGUUAAACACUGGUGUUGUGCUGCCCCAUGGAGCCCGAUUCGACCCGGAACGGGAGAGUGCUCCUCUGUGCAGCGGCUCAGAUAAUGACUCGGACUCCGGAGAUGACGAUGACCCUGUGGGUUCACUCGGGGACAGCAGGAGAGGAGUGAAGCGGGAGAGGGGGGAGAUGGAAGCUUCGGUGACGGGGCAGGAGGUGGGAGUACCUCCCGGAGCGUAUGGCAUGGUGUCCGGUGGAGUCGCCGGGGCAAAGCCGGGGAAGAAGACACGUGGGCGCGUAAAGAUAAAGAUGGAGUUUAUUGACAACAAGUUGAGACGGUACACAACUUUCAGCAAGAGGAAGACAGGCAUUAUGAAAAAGGCCUAUGAGCUUUCCACCCUGACUGGCACCCAGGUUCUGCUGCUCGUGGCCAGUGAAACAGGCCAUGUCUACACUUUUGCCACUCGAAAACUCCAGCCCAUGAUCACCAGUGAAACGGGCAAAGCCCUGAUCCAAACAUGUCUCAACUCGCCCGACUCACCGCCCCGCUCCGACCCCUCCAUGGACCAGCGCAUGAGUGCCACUGGCUUCGAGGAAACAGACCUCACCUACCAGGUGUCUGAGUCAGAGAGCAUGGGGGACACAAAGGACACAUUGAAGCCGACAUUCACUGUAGCCAGCCUACCAGGCACUACCAGCAGUGCCCAGUCCACGGUACCCACCACGUCCACCACCAUGCAGGUGAGCAGUGGACCCUCGUUUCCAAUCACCAACUACCUAGCCCCUGUCUCGGCCAACAGCAACAUCAGCGCAAACGGAACUGUCCUCAAGACCGCCGCUGGUUCCACGGGAGUCAUGCAGCUGCCCGGUGGCUUCACUUUCAUGCCUGCAGGCACUCCUCUCCCCCCUGGCACCCCCACCAUUCCUCUGAGCCAGCUGCAGCAGCACUCCCUGGCCCUCCAGGGGCAGCAUGGUCAGGCCCUGGCCACCGCCCCACAGCCACAGCAGGGACAGCAGGCUGUCUUCCGCUUCCCUGCUGCUGUCUCCCUCACAGGAGCGGGGGUUCCCCAGCAGCUCCAGGCCAUCCAGGUCCACCCCAACACGCAGUCCACCUCCAACAGUGACAGCAGCCCGGAGAUCUCCCACACCUCAACAAACUCCACUGCCACGGUAAGUCUCCCAGCAACCAUUGUCACUUCAUCAGUCCCAACGUCUGUGGCAGGUCACAUGAUGUACCCCAGCCCUCACACAGUGAUGUACGCCUCCACGCCAGCGCUGGCUGACGGAGGGCUGGCCGUGCUCAACGCCUUUUCCCAGGGCACCACGGCCAUGCAGGUGUCCCAUGCACAAGCCCAAGACACAGGCGCUGUUCCUCAAGUGUUCCUCACAGCACCUCCAGGCACGGUGCAGAUCCCCGUCUCAGCAGUGCAGCUACACCCAGUACGGCAAGAUCUGCAUUUUACAAAUGGUGAUUGGUCAACAGUCGAGCGGCAGCAGCAGUAACCUGACGGAGCUCCAGGUGGUCAACCUGGAUGCAGCACAGAACUCAAAGAAUGAUUGACAGAUGGCUGGAGCUGUUUAACAUGGCAGAACCAGGGACACACACACACACACAAACCCACACCUCUAUUUAUUGAUGCCUUUCUACAAAGUCCCACAUCACUCUUCUGAAUGUGAUUUUUUUUAAGUACAUAUAUACACACAAUCAAGGGCAUAUGUGUGACAGACCCUUAUAUAGUAUAAAGUGUUUUUGGUAUAUAAAUAUAUAUAUAUAUUCGCAGAAGCAUAGGACAUAAAUCACAAUAUCAAGCAUCAGAAUCUAUUUUCUAUGCUCUUAGAUGGUGUUAUUUUUUUUGUGUGAGCGUGUCUUUUUUUCUCCUUCUUUUUGGAAAUGUAUAAUUAUAUACAUACAGUGCAAGGUGCCGCAGCUUCACACCAGCCAAAGAGACAUUUGUUUGUCUGAAUGUUCCAGUGUGAGCAAUUUGUGCACAAGCAUGUGUCUGUAUGCAUAUCUGGGGUUUGUAAAUGGGCAGGGAGAUACUUACAGACUUAAAACGAUUAUAAAAAUGAAAAA